CCACAUGAGACUUCUGCUAUCGCCUUGGCGCAUCGGGGGCCAUGGGCAACGAUGCCUCCAGAGUCCUGGAAGAUGUGUCGCGAGUGGUGGACACCUCGGUGGCAUCCGUGGGGGCCUUGGGUCGCAUCACUUUCGACCCCCGCCAAGCGGCACGCCUGGCGGACCUCAUCGCGAAGCACGACUUUCCCGGACUCAUCGGAGCGCUCACCAGCCGCCGCCCGCUGGCCCCUGACUUCUUUCCUGCCUGGAUCCGGCGCGCCGGCGGGUACUUCCCCAAGUUUGCGCAGGUCCUUUCAGUCAGGGCCGACCUUAUCGAGGAUCCGCAGGUGCUUGAAGGGCUGAGCCGCUGUUUGGAGGACAUGCCAAGCCGACCAGCGGCGGAAGUUCAGGCUGUGCUGCGGCAGGAGGGUCUAGACCAGCUUUGCGAUAGCUUGGGCCCGGCGCUGAACGCGGGCACCGUGGCGCAGGUGCACUCGCUGAGCCUCCAUGGCCUUGAGCUGGUGCUCAAGGUCACCUUCCCCGAGGCGCGGCGGCGCUUUGACACCGACUUCCGGCUCUUCGGCCAUGCCCGGCAGAUCCUGGGGGCCCUGAAGCUGAACGACGAGAAGGCCAACAUCGUCGCCGCCAUGUUUGACGCUGUGGGCAAGAGCGAGCAAAGCGUCCUCGCCGAGUUUGACCUGCGCGAAGAGGCGAACGCCAUGCAGAUCGCUGAUGGCCUGUUGCCGAUGUGGCCCGCUGUCUACGCCCAGUGGAAGCAGUGCCUGUCUGCGGGCCUCUCCCACGGGCUGCCGCACGUCGCCGCGGCGGCGCUACAAGGCGCGGAGGCGGCCUCGGCGGCGUGGCGCAUGGCGGUUCCGGCGCCGGUGGAGAGCCUGGUGACGCCUGGCGCGAUGGUGAUGACGCGGGCCGGCGGGGAGUCCUUGCAGCAGCUCAUGGCCACCAAGCCGAAGGAUGGCGCCAUGGUCUUCCUGGGCCUGGUGGUGCCCUUCAUGGGCUGGCUGCUGCUGACCCAGAGCUCCUCGCGCCGCGGCGCGGGAGACGCGGAUUGA